GGAAUCCUCAGGCGGAAGGGAGAAAACAUACAAGUGGAGGCACUCCAGAGACACAGUGCAGCUACAGUACAGUUAAAGAAUAAAGACAAAUGUCGUCCCUUGAAGUACAGCGACACAAUCAGACAGUACUUGACAGAUUGAAACCAGGUGACCUGGUGGAGUUUAAGCGAGGACUGUACAGUCACUGGGGUGUGGCCAUUAAAAAUAAUUAUAUCGUGCAUCGGACUCGAGUCGAUGGUCCAAUGAGGAGCGGACCGCAACACGCAUUAUCAGUAACUGAAAAAGUGUACGAUAAAGGAAAAAUUCGCAAACAAAACUUUUGGGACGUUGUUGGAGACAGCAAGGCGUACAAGAACAACGCACUGGACAAGAUAUUUAUAUGUUCCAUUUUGAAAUCCAAAACAAUGGUGUAUAUCAAGACACUGUUGCCUUUUUCAUCUUGUCCAUUCACCCUAAAUAAUUAUGUUUUUUCAAUCACCAUAUUGUUGUUUUGUUUUAACAGACAUUUUGAUUCAGCUGAGAUAGUAGUAAGAGCAGUAUCUCAAGUUGGAGACGUCGGCUAUAACUUACUCUCAAAGAACUGUGAACACUUUGCUACAGAUUGCCGGUAUGGCAUAGAAGUUAGUGGCCAGGUUUGUAUUUAGUCAACUGUUCCUUUG